AUACAGUAAACAUAAGAGCACUUGGCUUUGAGUGGCUGGUAAGAAUCUACCCAUACCUGACAGAAAAAUGAAUCGAUAUCGACAUCACAAGACAAGGAGAGUGGCCUUUAAUCCACGCCAUGAGCCAAUACAUGCAGAUCUUCACUCUUUGCUGAAUAUACUUCAGAGAAUGAUGGAAAAGCUUGGAUAUGGAGCCUCUAGACAGAGACCCAGAGCACGCUCUGUGAAAUGUCAGACAACCAUUCCAGCUGCGACUUCUAAUCCAAAAGGAGCAUUAAAUAUGAGAGACAAUUAUGACCGAAAAGAAGUUCCCAUUUUCAAAACCUAUGAGGAAUUUCAUAAGAUGGUUCUUCGGUCAUUUGAAAGCAUUUCAAUUAUAUUGAGCACAGAUGGGAAAGUUGUUUUUAUAUCGCAGAAUGUGUCACCUCUUCUUGGACAUCGUCCAGAAGACAUUGUGGGGAAGACUUUAUUAAAUAUUCUUCUUGAUGAAGAAAAAGAAGAAAUAGCUCAGAAGAUCAUUCUUAAACUUCCAUUGGCUAAAUCAGUUGGAAGUCUUAUUGAAUUUUGCUGUUAUAUAAAAAAAAGAAAUGCAGGCCUGUUUGCCAAGGAUGCAUAUACUUAUGUGGACAUGUACGACCGGAGGGACUCAUACGAGUAUGUGAAAUUUGUCUUGUACUUGCAAGAUUCUUAUGAUGAGUCAUUUGUAAUUUUUGGAAACUGUGGCCAUAGUAGCAGAAACUUUUGGUCAUCAACUCCAAAGCUGUUAAGGGAGCAACAGUAUUAUCUCGUGGGAACCAUUUCAGUUCUUCGCACAAGAGCUGAAUCAGAACAACCUGCUGCAAUUCAACCUCCUGUUACAGUUAUUGAUUCAGAUGAUGACAAUAAUACACAGUGCCAAAGGCUUCAAAAACGAUGCAAGAGGAAGAAAAUUCAAGGGAAGUGCAAGGCUGAAAAUUUGAAUAUGGAAAGUCCUGAAUCAAGCUCUGAUGUUGAGAUUGUAGAUGUUAUACCAGCCCCUCGGCAAAUACCAUUUGAAUUAGCUCAGGUCAGGACACCGUCUCGAUCAAGUAUAUGCACAACUAUCAGUAUAGCUACAAGCACAAGCAUUAGCUCAUCUGGAGAUUUUGCGGCGAUAGCAUCAUCAUCGUCAAGCCUGGUGCGCGGUGCAGCACGACGAUCGCGGCCUGGCUACCGGGGCAAGGCUCUCAAGGGUGGCACGCCAGGAGCGGGGCGCGAGGCCAGAGCUGGCUCGGCAGGGUGCGGGGGGAGGGUCCGACGGAGCCUCCAGAGGAAAGCAGGGACAGACGGGGGGUGUGCCGAGGUAAUGGGAAAGGCCUGCACGCCUGGCUGUGUGGGGCGGGGGGCUUCAGGCGCUCUUUGGCCAGGGCCUGGCCAGCGAUGGGGCGCCAGGGGCGGUGGGAGGGAAGCGGGACAGGGAGGGACUAAGGGAGGAGACCGCUGGGAUGGGCCGGGGGCUUUGCCGACAGGGAGCAGGUGGGCGGGGAAAGGGGCCCUGCUUGAAGAGGCGCAGCAGAGAGGUGGCGGGCUGCGUGCGCAAACAGGGCGGCCGCCUCCUGGGCCUGGAGAACGGUUCUGUGUUGCAGUAGUCUUUAAUGCAAAGAGAAAAGAUGUGCCUGGCUCCAGAGAAGUCCGAACAUCUUAUCUUGCCUCUCUUUCUGGGAAAGAUGAGCUGAGAAGAUUCUCUGAGUUUGGGCCCAAAGGUUUGGGCCAGGGCUUGUAA